UCUUUGAAUUUCUGAAACUUUCGGGUCUUAUCUCCUUGCAACAUACUACUAAGCUAGAAAGACAUAAACAAAGUGGGUUGAUUUAGAUUUGACCAACAGCUUUUGCUACCUCUUUGAAUUUUAUUGGAAGACAUGGAUUGUUCAUCAUGGAUUAACACUUCCUUGGAUCUCAGCAUUAAUCCUCGCAGAGUUCAUGAAGAAGCUGUUCCUAAGGUGGUAGAAAGCAAGCUUUUCUCUUUGGGAAUGCCCAAGUUUAACGUCGAAGAAGAGUCUACUAGUGACUUGGAGGAGGAACUGAAGCGGGUGAGUGCAGAAAACAAGAAGUUGGCCGAAAUGCUCUCAGUGGUGUGUGAGAAUUACAACACUUUGAGAAGCCAUUUGAUGGAAUACAUGAGGAAAAAUGGCGAAAAGGAGGUCAGCCCAACAUCAAAGAAAAGAAAGUCUGAAAGCAGCAACAACAACAACAGUAAUUUGAUGGGAACUAACAAUGGAAACUCAGAGAGCAGUUCUACUGAUGAAGAGUCUUGCAAGAAACCAAGGGAGGAAACCAUCAAAGCAAAAAUUUCAAGAGUUUAUGUCAGGACUGAAUCAUCUGAUACUAGCCUUAUUGUGAAAGAUGGAUACCAAUGGAGGAAAUAUGGACAAAAGGUGACCAGAGAUAACCCUUACCCUAGAGCAUAUUUCAAGUGCUCUUUUGCUCCAAGCUGCCCUGUCAAAAAGAAGGUGCAAAGAAGUGUGGAUGAUCAUUCUGUUCUGCUUGCUACUUAUGAAGGGGAGCACAAUCAUCCUCAGGCUUCUUCCCAAAUGGAAGCAACAUCAGGUUCUGGCCGUAGUGUGACCCUUGGUUCAGUGCCUUGUUCAGCAUCUCUCAGCACUUCCACUCCAACACUUGUUACCCUUGACUUGACAAAAUCUAAGGGAAGCAACGAUUCCAAGAGCACAAAACCUAAAGGAGAUUCACCUAAAGUACCUCAGGUUUUGGUGGAACAGAUGGCUACUUCUUUGACCACGGAUCCUAAUUUUAGAGCAGCACUUGUUGCUGCCAUCUCAGGAAGAUUGUUGCACAAUAAUUAAAUGGAAUUUUGGUGAAGUGUUGAUAAGUUAGUGUCAUUUAUUUAAGUAUUCCAUAAAAUAGAGGUCAUUCUUUAGAGCAAGGGAUCUCUCUAUGUAAAUACAACAUGGAAGGCUGGGACAUAUUUGAUCCUUUAAAGUGGAAAUAAAGUUCCACUAAGGAUAGAUGUUGAGCUGAUUAAACAAAAGAAAAUCAAACUCUCUGCUUCACCCAUCUGCCUCAUCACGAUGGUAAAGAUUUAGCAAGUCUUUUCUUGGCCUAUAUAUGUAUCAAUGAUAUCUCAAAUUAAAUUUCAUAGUAGGUUGUAGCACACAUUCUCUGAAAGAUCUUUCAUACAGUGCAUCUCUACGGCAAUUUAAUUUCUCCUUUUUCUUCUCUCACUACUCUCUUUGGCAAGCCAACUCUAUAUCUCAAAUGUUUAAUUGUACAGACUCGGCCUCCAAGUCCUAGUUUUAGAAUUUUAUUUCAGAAAUUAUAUUCUACAUCGGUCGAGUAUUGUAAUUUGAAUGCAACUCACAACAUGGAAGAAUGAAAAAAGGGGGACCACAUGAUUAGAGUUUU